AUGAGUGUACUGACCUCCUGCUCAGCGACCUUCAAGCUCGCCCCUGCCCUCGUCACCGGCAAUGCCAUCAUCCUGAAGCCUUCCCCAUUCACACCCUACUGCGGCCUCAAGCUCGCCGAGAUCGCCCAGGAGUUCUUCCCGCCCGGUGUCGUGCAGGCGCUGAGCGGCGACGACAACCUCGGCCCCUGGCUGACGGCGCACCCCGGUAUCCAGAAGGUCAGCUUCACGGGCUCGACGCCGACUGGUAUCCGCGUCAUGCAGAGCUGCGCCAAGACGCUGAAGCGCGUCACACUGGAGCUGGGCGGCAACGAUGCGGCCAUUAUCUGCUCUGACGUUGACAUUGCGGCUGUCGCGCCGGCGAUCACAACGCUGGCCCUCUACAACUCUGGUCAGGUCUGCAUUGCCAUCAAGCGCAUCUACGUCCACUCGAGCAUCUACCCGCAGUUCCUCGACGCCAUGGUCGCCUUUGCCAAGACCAUGACCGUCGGCGACGGCUCGGCCAGCGACACGGUGCUCGGCCCCGUCCAGAACAGCAUGCAGUACGAGCGUGUCAAGGCGCUGAUCGCGUCGAUCGAGACCGAGAAGCUCAACGUUGCCUUUGGCGACGUCAAGGUCACCGCCGCCCAGGACAAGGGCUACUUCAUCAGCCCCGUCAUUGUCAGCAACCCGCCCGACGACGCCAAGAUUGUCGUCGAGGAGCCCUUUGGCCCCGUGUUCCCCGUGAUGCAGUGGACCGACGAGGAGGAUGUCAUCCGCCGCGCCAACAACACGGACAUGGGUCUCGGCGCGUCCGUCUGGACGAGGGACCAGGCGCAGGCGGACCGCGUGUCGAGGCAGCUCCAGGCCGGCACCGUGUGGAUCAACACGCACCUCGAGCUGCGGCCCGACGCCGCCUUUGGCGGCCACAAGCUCAGCGGCGUCGGCAGCGAGCUUGGCAUCAACGGUCUCAAGUCGUUCUGUAACAUCCAGACCAUCCACCAGAAGCUGGCUUGA